AUGCCCGUCCAGCAUUCGCGGCCUGCCUUUGGGCUGGCUGCUAAAAAGCCGUCAUUGCGACAGCCUUCGAGGCGCAUCAUCUCCGAGCGAUCGAACUCGCCAGCCGAUGCGCUCAAGCCGGCAAACACAAACAUUAUGCGCAUGCAAAGAUCUCCGAGUGCACAGUCUGUCGCGGGGGCCAAACGGAAGGAAAGAGACUUCGAACCAAGUGGUAUCCAAGACACCAACAUACACGUCGUCGUCCGUUGCCGAGGGCGGAAUGAACGCGAGAUCAACGAGAACAGCGCUGUUGUUGUGUCAACAGAAGGCGCCAAUGGCGUCGAUCUUUCUAUGGGCCCUAAUGCUUUAAGCAAUAAAACGUAUCACUUUGACAAGGUCUUCUCGCCUGCAGCAGACCAGUCGACACUUUAUGAAGACGUUGUGACGCCGAUUCUCAAUGAGAUGCUGUCCGGCUAUAACUGCACCAUUUUUGCCUAUGGUCAAACAGGUACAGGCAAAACAUAUACAAUGUCUGGUGACAUGACAGACACGCUGGGAAUCCUUUCAGAGAACGCAGGAAUCAUCCCUCGUGUGCUAUACUCGCUGUUCCAGAAGCUGGAGGAAAAGGAAUCCACUGUCAAGUGCUCUUUUAUUGAACUGUACAAUGAGGAGCUACGCGACCUGCUGUCGCUUGACGACAAGUCAAACUUGAAGAUAUAUGACAAUGAGUCGAAAAGAGGGCACAACAAUAGCACAUUGGUGCAAGGCAUGGAGGAACACUUCAUUCAUUCUGCUACUGCCGGUAUCAAACUACUACGUGGCGGUAGUUACAAACGCCAAGUAGCUGCCACCAAGUGCAACGAUCUGAGUUCGCGAAGUCAUACCAUUUUCACCAUUACUACGUCUGUCAAACGAACGACCGAAUCAGGCGAGGAAUAUAUCAGCUCAGGAAAGCUCAACCUAGUCGAUCUUGCCGGCAGUGAGAACAUCCAACGGAGCGGCGCGGAUAACAAGCGUGCCGCUGAAGCGGGCCUCAUUAACAAGAGCUUGUUGACUCUGGGCCGAGUAAUAAACGCCUUGGUAGACAAGAGCUCGCACAUUCCAUACCGGGAGUCGAAACUCACCCGGUUGCUCCAGGAUUCCCUUGGAGGUCAGACAAAGACUUGCAUUAUUGCUAAUAUUUCGCCCGCUCGAAAUAACUUGGAGGAGACCAUCUCAACUCUUGACUAUGCGUUUCGUGCCAAAAACAUUCGCAAUAAACCCCAGGUCAACUCCACGCUGCCGAAGAAAACAUUGCUUCGAGAAUACACCUUGGAAAUCGAACAGCUGAAGAGUGAUCUCAUCGCAACAAGACACCGCCAUGGUGUUUACCUUUCUGCAGAAGCGUACGAGGACAUGAAGGUCGAGAGCGAGUCCCGACGGAUUAUCCUUGAGGAACAACGGGCGAAAGUUGAGAGCAAAGAAGCUAGUCUGAAACACAAAACGGAAGAGCUAUUCGCGUUGACAAGCAAUUUCAACAAUCUGAAGAAAGACCAUGAGGAAACGCGCGCUGCUUUGGGUGAAACAAAUGACGUGUUAGAGCAAACUGAGAUAGUACUGCGUGACACGAAAAGACAUCUCACACAAGAGGAAACGCUGCGAAAAGCACAUCAAGAGACCGAGGGCCAACUUCAUGAAAUCGGUACCGACCUUUUGUCGAAGCUGGACCAGACUGUAGAGCAUGUCAACGGCCUGCACUCUAAAUUACGUCGGAAGUCUGAUCUUCACAGUCUCAAUCGCGAGACCUGGGAGGCGUCGACUGGUGAUGUUGUUGACGUGACAAAGCUGGUUGAAGACCGGGUUGAAGUCUUUGAAGCCCAACAUAGCGCUUUGAUCAAAGGCUUAACGAGUCAGAUCACCGAGUUUGUUGCAUCAGAGCUUCGAAGUGUGGAGAGUGGAAAGUCUCAGCUAGUCGAAUACAAGUCCUUAUUAGAUAAGGUUGAAGAGGAUGUUACGGAACAAUCCGGCAAAGCUCAUCACGAAAUGAAUGAUGUACUCGAAGAAAUCAAGGUGUUGAGAGAGGAUGUCAAAGAGAAGGUUGGUCAAGGGUUGAAUGGCCUGUCCGUUGCGGCGGAGCGUAUUUCAAAAGAAGUCAUCAAUGAAUUGACUGGUUUUCAUGCCCAGCUUCAUUCCUCCUAUAGUACGCUGGGUCGAGACCUCAAGGCUGUUUUCGAGAAGACAGAAGAGCAGCUGAAGACACAAAAGGCCGAGAUCGAAGAACUCUGCAGUCAAUUGGUCAAUGCAAAUCGCCAUGUCAUUGAGCAAAACCAAGCGGCUUCAGUAGAAAUGGAGAGGGUCCUGGAAGAGGAGCAACAGGCAGCUGAGGCUGACCGCGCAGACCUGCUAUCUCAAAUCAAACUAUUGAUCGAGGAGUCAGGACAAAAACAAAUAUCACGACUCAAAGGUGGUGUUGACAAGAUUAAAGCUGACGUGACGAAUUCGAACAUGACUCUCCAACAAGCGACUGACGCAUAUCAGAGUGGCAUGGACCAGUGGAGUGAAAAGGACACUCAACUUAUGGGAGAUGUCGCAAGUUCAAAGGACGAGAUCAGACAACGCAUGCAGAAAGACUGGGCUGGUUUCGAACAGCGCAACGAAUCAAUCCAAAAAGCGACAGAGUCUGUUCACCAAGAGACAGUCCGCAUUGUAGAUGCCCAAAUGCAGGGAAUGGCAAGUCAAAUGGAAGCAUUAGAUGACUUUGUCACUAAGGCGCGAUCUCAAAACGGAUUGCACCACGAAGCCCAUCUAAAAGCAUUUGGAAGCUUGGUCACCAAUGUCAAGAACUCCUACAAUUCAAUGGAAGAAGGAUUCAACAGUCUAGACGACCGCGUGCAAUCCUUUGACAGCUUGAUCACCCAACAAAAGGAUAACAUUUACCAAUCGGUACCGCCAUUCUCCGAGGACGUUCGACAGCCCCUUGAGGAGCUUCGAAAGAAUAUCCAGGCAGCGCCCAUAUCUGAAUACAAGCCAACAGGAACGACACCCCCCCGGACUUCUUACGAAUACAUCAAGAAUCUACCACAAACGGAAUCCCACGAUACAUUGAUCGCAAAACUGAAGCAAGGAACACAGCUCGCUGCAACCUGCCUCGAAGGAGAGGAGCUCACGCCACUUGCUUCGCCUUUGAAAAGCCGUCUAGGAUCGCCAUCAAAAACCAGGGUAUACAAUGACAAUGAGGACGAGGUAGGAGAAUCUACCACCACUGCAGCCACAUCAUCAUCAUCAUCCAACACGGGUCUUAGGGAGGUCGAUAUAAACGUCGCCGCGAAACAACUCAAAUAUAACAACUCCACCACUUCGCACGAAGUCACAGCCGUUCCUACUAUUGACAAGACGGAAGAUGACUUCCCUUCAUCCUUAUCCCAACCACCGUUGAAAAAACACCAGGCCUAUUCGGACAGCAAACUCCCGCAGAAAGCUCUCUCGCGGAGAACACCCGCCGGAAUCCCGUUGGAUGGGAGAGAGAAUAUCCCGCUCAGUGCUAGCACGCAUGGAGGCCGUCGCCUCCGAAGCAGGCAAUCUAGCGGCUGA